GCGCUCAAGGGGCUGGCGUCCGCGCACCCCGACCUCCGCACGGGCGCGGGCAAGGCCAAGAAGUCGGUGGACAAGAACAGCAACGAGUACCGGGUGAGACGAGAGCGCAACAACAUCGCGGUGCGCAAGAGCCGUGACAAGGCGAAGCAGCGCAACGUGGAGACGCAGCAGAAGGUGCUGGAGCUGACCAGUGACAAUGACCGCCUGCGCAAGCGGGUGGAACAGCUGAGCCGCGAACUGGACACGCUGCGGGACAUCUUCCGCCAACUGCCGGAGAGCUCCUUGGUCAAGGCCAUGAGCAACUGCGCGUGAGGCGCGCCAGCCGACCGCCCUGGGCCGGCCCUUGCCAGGACCCGGGGAGUGGUUUCGGGUCGCCGGAUCUCAAGACUGCCCGGCCGUGCGAGCCACGACUAAGACAUUCCGGUGCCGCCUGAAAAAGCCUGGCCUGCUCGGCGCGUCCCUUCCCUGUCUCUGGCCGGACUUGGUGCGUUUAAGAUGAGGGAAUGAGAUGGUGGUUUCUCCCUGGGACAGGGGGGAAUUCUUGGGGCCGAGCUGGGAGCCCAGCGACUCUAGUAUUAAGGAAUAACCUAGUGCCUUGGAAAUGCAAACUCGCUCUGAUUCCUACCGAGUAGGGGGAGCAAACAUGUGCCUUGAUAUUUUAUCUGGAGGGUUCCUGCCUCUUCUGCCGCUGCAGGAAGCCUGGAGAGCAGGCUGGGUCCGGGCCCAUCAGGAAGCUGAGAUCCUAACCAUCCAGCCCCAAGGCUCGGCUGUCUGCGAGGGUCCAGAGAGGGGAGGAGGCUUCAACCGAAGGUUCUCCCCUAGUUCCGCACCGCGGUGGCAGGUCCAGGAUUUCUUGCCUCUCUCACCUCCACCCUACCCCAUGUCAGGCUGCAACCCACGGAGCUGCUUGGGUUAGCACUCACCAGGGCACCAGCAGGAGACCCCGCCCCCAGUCCCACUGGAAAGCUGGGGCCUGAGUUGGCCCUAGGGACUGGUGUUCGAGGGGGUGGUGACCUGGUGGAGGAGAGAUGUGGUCUUGGGGUGGGAGGGUAGAAGGAUAUUGGGACUGUCAGCCUUGUCUGUACUGUAUGUCACCAGCAUUGCCGUACAAACAUGAAGCACAAUCCGUCCAUCCCAGAGGAACUGGAGUUAUGACAAGCUUUCCAAAUAUUUUGCUUUAU